AUGAAUUAGGGCCGGUUGUACAAGUGUGAAGUUCAGGGAUGGUUUAACUAAACUACGCCCAAGUUUUGAGCGUAGUUUUCGUUUAACCUCGUUGUACAAACUGCGUUCAAACUUCGUUUACCAAAACCACAAUUUUCUGUUGUUGGCAACGUGCAAACAUGCGCAUAAAGAAUUAAUUGGAUAUUUGUUGUGAAUAAACUUAACCUUCAAUCAAUACUAGUUUAUUUAUAACGAUGUGCUCUAACGAAAAAAAAGUGCGUGCAGCCAAUUUUACCGCGAAAGAAGAGGCAAUAUUAACCAGUUUAGUAAAACAAUAUGAACAUGUCUUAGAGUGCAAAAAAACAGAUGCGGUUACGAACCAACAAAAGACCGAAGCCUGGUCAAAUGUUGCUCGGGAGUUCAAUGUAGUAAACGACAGCCACCGUAGUGAAGCUGUGUUAAAAAAGAAGUUCGAAAAUCUAAAGAAAAGGGUGAAAAAGAAACUGUCUGAAAAUAAAACGUAUUCAAUGGGAACUGGGGGUGGUCCUUACAAAGACACCCCAUUAAAUGACACCGAAGAGGGCAUUAAAGAUAUACUUGGCCCAAGAGCAGAGGGAUUUCAAUCACAAUUUGAUGGGGAUGCUAUUGAAAUUGAAAUACCAGAAACAGACGACCUGCAAGUUAGUAAUGAGAUGAUAGUAGAGUUUGGUAACGAUCACGACUACAGUUCGACCGUAAAACCAUCUGCAACAGAUGAUAUCGAAAAUAAUGGUGAUAAAAACUGGAAAAAGUACACACCUAAUAUGCUUAAAAGAAAAAAAUCAGCUGCGCUUUGUGUAAACACCACUGAUACAUCCCAGGGUGUUAUUAACAAGAAGAUUUCGCAGUGGGCAGAGGCUAAAACAAAACUGGAAGAGAGAAGAAUGGAAGGUGUUUUGGAAGAACAAAAAGUAAAAUUAAAACAUACGGAAGAGGAACAUAAGUUAAAUUUAGAAAUAAAAAAGACAAAAUCUGAGUUCGAACUAGAAUGUAUGAAAGAAGAACACAAAUUAAAAAUGGAAAUUUUGAAGUUACAAAAAGAUAUGUUAUUAAAAAAUGUUAAACAAUAAGUUUGUUCGUAAUAUACACUGUACACUAUGCUAAGCGAUUAAAGUAUUCGUGAAUAAGG